AUGAACGUGACUCUCGCCGUGAAGCAGUACAUCUCCAAGAUGAUCGAAAGCAGCGGGCCCGGGAUGAAGGUCCUGCUGAUGGACAAGGAGACGGUAAGACACCGGGGAGAGGGGGGUUCUGGUCACCGUCUAUUACAGUUGGUUAUUACCGUUAAUUAGUCCCUCUGCUGCAGUCUGCCUGACUCUGGGACAACAUUUGACUGUCAGACUCCAGAACCUGGUCUGCUGAGUUCACUAAGGUCCACAGAGGGUUGGUGUAAAAAGAGCUGAGGACUCAACUUAACUUUAUUUAUUUAUAGAGCCAUUUAAAUACAACCAAAGAUGACAGAAAGUGCUGUACAUAAUAAUAAUAAUAAUAAUAAUACUAAUGAUAAUAACAACUUUAUUUUUAUAUCACUUUUAAAAACACAAGUUUACAAAGCAAGGGCGUGGGUUUGGUCUCAACAUUUGGUAGGGAUAAUAUAACAGCAUAACCUGCAUGUACAUUUUUUGCUGGGGACGUCCCAGUCUCAAUUUACAGCUUUUGUCUUUCAUCAAUUUUGCUUUUUUGUUUUUUUUGAUUGUCAACACUUUUCUGUUAAACACAGACUGGGACUGGGGGGGUCUGGUCAUCAGCCAAUCAAACAUGCUUUUGAGGGAAAAAAAUGGACCGGCAAAUUCAACAAGUGAAAAGGGGUAAAUGUAAGUCAGAACAUAAUGGAAAUAAUUUACUAAAUAAUGGUAGGGUCGAUUCUAUCCUUACAAAAUAUGGGAAGACAAUCUAAAUUACCUAUAUAACAGCACUCAUUAUAUAAUGCAAAUAAGGUUGCUUAAAAGUUGGUGGGGACAAUUUGAGCAUCCUGGAAAGUUGGUAGUGUUAUGUCCCUACUGUCCCUAUGCAAACCUACGCCCUUGUUACAAAGUUCUUUGACAAACAGUUGCAAAGCACAGAACAUGAAAAUAAAAAAAUGAAGCUCAGUUAAAAACAAGGCCUCUGAAUUGAAGGCUAAUUUCAUUUUUCAUAAGAAACCCAGACAAUACAAGAACCCUACAACAUAAAAUGAGAGCAUGAGGACUAAAAUAAAAACAUAAAAUAGGUUAGAAAAAGAAAUGUAAUAAAAAAGGGGGUAGAAAGUAGGAAACAUAAUGGUAAAUAUAAAAGAGGAUAUUAAUAAUGAUAAAAUCAUAAAAUAAUAAUGAUGGUAAUAGUUAUGAUAAAAUGGAAUAACAAAAAUGAGCAGGAAAAAACAACAAAAUGAAUGAAAGGCUCAAAAGGUUAAUUAAGAAAAGAUUUAAAGUAAAUCAAAAGCUAAAAGACAGGAAGUUGAAAUAAGAUAAAAGAAGUAAAAGAGAGAAAAGUGAAAAGACGGCAUCACAUAAAAGCGAGUCUGUAAAAGUGAGUUUUCAAUUUGACUUAAAAGAAGCAACUGUCUCUGCACUCAUAAUAACACAAAAACAUAAAACAAUAAAUAUUUGUUUUAAAAUAUAAUAAAAAGCAAUAAAACAAAUGCCAUCUCAUGCUGGGUCAAAAGCCAAGGAGUAAAAGUGGGUUUUUAGACAUGUUUUAAAAAUGGACAGUGACCAUCGACGAAUGGAUUGAAACUGUUCAUGAGAUUUAUGUUAUGGAGAAGAUUUCUUUUUCCCCUCAAAGUUAAGGUAGAUUUUUUUAAAUAAAAUCUGGUCCACAUGGACCGAGUAUGUGAAACCACUCAGACCUGGUUUUAUUCGACCACACUUGUGCUUUGUCUAAACCUACCCUCUUUUAUACUUCAUUUUAUUUUAAAUUUUUUGAAUGAAGGGUGUGGCCCCGGGCUCUGUAGGUUCUGUAGUUUUUGUGUUGUUGUUUGCACCUGAAAGGUUUGGGUCUGUGGAAAAAGCUUUAGAAGGGCACUAUGGACAACAUUACUUUGUCCUAACUGAAUUAAUGUAAGUGUGUCAUGAUAUUUGUAAUGUAGUUGUGCCUUUCUGAAUAAAAAGUUAAUUAAAAAAAAAAGUGAGGGAGCUUGUCUAAUGUGGAGAGGUAGGUCAUUCCAUAACGUAGGAGCAGCAACAGAAAAAGCUCUGUCUCCUCUGAGCCUCCGCUUAGACCUUGGUACCUGCAGGAGCAGCUGGUCAGCUGACCUGAGAGCGUAGGGGUGAAGCAGCUCAGAGAGGUAUGAUAGGAUCAGACCAUUUAAGGUUUUAAAAACUAAUAAAAGAAUCUGAAAAUGAACUCUAAAAUGGGAGUGAUGUGCUCCUUCUUACGGAUUCCAGUUAAAAGACGAGCGGCUGUAUUCUGGACCAACUGGAGACGUGCGAGCAAAGACUGACUGACUAAAGAGCGUUACAGUAAUCCAGCCGAGACGUGAUGAAGACGUGGACUACUGUCUCAAAAAGAAGUGACUUCACCUUUACCAGCUGCCUAAGGUGGAAAAAGCUGAACUUAAUAACUGCGCUGAUCUGUUGGUCCAGUUUAAGAUGACUGUGCACCAUGAAACUUAGGUUAUAUCAAACUGGUGAUCAAACUCAAAUGAUCAGAUAAUAUUGAUCAGAUGGUUUGUCUUUUACACAGCUUCCUGUCUCUCACUGACCAUAGACCAUGUUAUCUGGACUCAGUUAUGACUAAAACUAAUUACAAUUAAACUGUGUGUGUGUGUGUGUGUGUGUGUGUGUGUUUAGACCAGCAUUGUGAGCGUGGUCUACACACAGUCCGAGAUCCUGCAGAAGGAGGUCUACCUGUUUGAGCGGAUCGACUCUCAGAACAGAGACAACAUGAAGCACCUGAAGGCCAUCUGCUUCCUCAGACCUACUAAGGUAAAUCACACCUGUCACACCUGUCUGCAUCAUCAUGACGUCAUCAUGUCUGAUAACAAACAGCGACAGCGAGAACUCGUGUGUUCGUUUUGUGCAGGAGAAUGUGGAGCACCUGAUCCAGGAGCUGAGGAGACCCAAGUACAGCGUCUACUUCAUCUGUAAGUGACCCCGAACCUCUGCACCUCUCACUCAGUCUGUUUACAUGCACAGUUUAAUCGGACUAAGCUCAUAAGCUGCACUGUUUCUGACCCCAUACAACCAUCAACAACAACAGCAGGUCUGUGCCAGACGUCAGAAGUGUCUACAACUGCUGCUGGGCAUUUUGGAGAAACAAGAAGAUGGAGGAUCGUACAGCGUUGUUUUUGUCCUACAUGAUGGACGCGCUACUUUUUCUGUAUGCUACUCCUCUUCUCUGCUGUUUUUGUUCCGGGGUUACAGGGGCAAGGUGCCCCGAGUGUCAUGAAAACAGACUGAGUGUCACUCAUCUUUGAUAGGCCCCACCCCCAUGUACUUUGAUUGGCUAGUUGCUGUCACCCUGUCAAAAACAAUACAGUAAGGUUCGCGAUAUUUUUUUUUCAUACGAUGGCAGGGGAAGGUCCCGCCUCCUUCGCCUCUGAUUGGUUGGAAAAGCUGGAAACGUCUUCACACGCUCAAGCCGAGUGCGGGCUGUCGGCUCUGUACAUCGACCAUCACUAACCAUAACCCUAACCGGACAGAUGAUGAUGUUGCACAGCCAUAAGCAAUAACCAAUACAAAAAAAAAUUCACGUAAAGUUCUGUGUGUGAAAACUGAGGACUGGACUUGAUCUGGAUCUUUCUGUAGAUAGACUCUGUGAACACACAGACAGGAAACACAUCCUGUGACUUCAGUGUGUUCGGCAUGACGUCACCAUGUUUGAUGUGACGUUGGCCUGUUUUACCUGCGGUCAUUCACGUCACCGUCCUGCUGAUCUCAUCUUCCUGUCGGUGUGUUUCAGACUUCAGUAACGUGAUCAGUAAGAGUGAGAUCAAAGCUCUGGCGGAGGCAGAUGAACAGGAAGUGGUGGCGGAGGUCCAGGUGAGUCUGUGCUGUUUCCUGCAGUCUGUCUUCUGUCCAGCAGGAGGCGUCAGAGAGUCAAACCUGAAGGUUUUCUGUUUGUCUGCAGGAGUUUUACGGAGACUUCAUCGCCGUCAAUCCUCACCUGUUCUCCCUCAACCUGCAGGGCGUGGCCAGGGUGAGAAACACACACACACACACACAUACACACAUACACUUGCUGUAGAAGUGCUGAACCUAAGUGUGUGUGUGUGUGUGUGUGUGUGUGUGUGUGUGUGUGUUUUAGGGGCGGAGCUGGGAGCCCUCCAUGUUGUCUCGCUGCACUCAGGGUCUGACCUCCGUCCUCCUCGCUCUUAAGAAAUGUCCGAUGAUCCGUUACCAGCUGUCCUCCGACAUGUCCAAACGCCUCGCAGAGAGCGUCAAGGUAUCCAUGGCAACAGACUCUCUCCAAAUGACCUUACAUCAAUAAAAUAAAAACAAACACGUCAACCUCUUACCUCUAACAUAUUAAUCUGUCCGUCAGCAAAUCAUCACGAAGGAGUACGAGCUCUUUGACUUCAGGAAGACAGAGGUUCCUCCUCUGCUGCUCAUUCUCGACCGCAGCGAUGAUGCCAUCACGCCUCUGCUCAACCAGGUGACCAUCACAGCACUCAACAAUGUGACAUCAUCAGGGUUUGACCAUAAACAGAACUUCCUCUAACGGUCUCUUUUGUCACUUGAGGGACAUUUCCUGAUUCUGUCCACUUCUGUCCCUUGUCCUAUUCUGACCUCUUCUGUUCUUCUGUCCUCUUCUGUGCUUCAUCAUUCUGUCCCUUGUCAGGGUGUGUCCGGGUCCUGCACUGGUCAAUGACAGAGAAUUGUUGUUUUUAACCUGAAGUUUUAUCUGUGGUCCUAUGGGGUUUUCUUUAUGUUUUUUAACUAGUAAUCACAGCUCUUAUAAUCGGAUGCCACAAUAAGGAGUUAUGGACGGAUCUCGCUAGACUUCUCAAUACGGAAGUCUAGCGGCCUGUUUGUGCUGGUGUUUGUGGUCACCUCUCAGGCUACAACAUCCCGUUUUAGUGUUCUUAAUCGUUUUAUUUUUAUUUUAUUUUUAUUUUAUCUAUUUAUUUAUUGUCAUUGGAUUUUAUUGCCUUGUGGACUACCAAGGACCUGGACUAAUUUUAAUACUCAUACUUUUUAUCUGAGCUACCAUGGCUGACGGCAAACCUGAGUGUGUGUCUUGCUCACUUACCAUCUUGAAGUUGAGGUAAAGCAUUGCCUCGCUGAAAGCGGAGGUAAUGGAGAAAAAUAAGCUCAUUUUGGCGUUCUCUGCUGUAGCCACGACCCAGGCCAAACACCUCACUGUCAUGAGCGCCUCCAGUCACUGCUUCCCCAACGCGGCCUGCCUCUCCCGCCGCCCAGCUCCAGCAGCAGCUCCAGGAAUGGUCUCUGGUCUUACUGUUCCAUGGUUCGGAUCCAUUAUCAUGGGUGUCUUGGAGCCCAAAGCUGCUUUAGCCCUGCCAGAAGAUCCAUGGGUUCUCUGGGGAGCUAAGCCAAAACCAACAACAGGGCCCGCUCCCUCACCUGUGCCCGCGGAGACGCAGGUGCACGCUGAUGGAGGAGUGGAGGCUCCGGUGACCUCCACUCCAUGUCAGCUGGAGCUCUGGUCCAUUGCGUGCAGGGAUGAACACCAUGCAGUACCUCCUUCAACCCUCUCAUCACCUCCGACCAUCCCACUGACCAACAGGUUUGAUGUCCUGAGCAAGAAGGAUUUCCUCCCUCUGGGCGAGAAUGCCCAACAGCAGCAAGCGACAAAACCAUCCUCCGUCUGCCGCAAGCUGCUGAAGGAGGCUGUCUCGCGGAGGAGCUCCGGGGGUAACACCAACCCUGUGACAACUGGACCCUCCGCUGCUGGUGAAAGGUGCUUCUCGGUACUACAGAGCACCCUGAAGCACCCUCCUUUCUCCCGGGCGCUCCACAGAGGUCUCCCUCAUCUCAAGGCCGUCCUGGACGACUCGGGCAGGAUAAGCGCAACAGGGGCGUAGCACACCCUUCCCUGGCAGCUAGACAACCGGCCCAAACGGCGGAUCCUCGGGUGAGUCCUCUGUCUCGCUCCUCUGGUGGUGAUGUGCGUCCUGUUCCUCUGUCCUUGUUGUCAGAUCAUUGAUGGUCCGCCACGUGAGGAUUAACGGGUGAAUUGACAGUGUUCUCGGGGAAACGGUGCGUAAUCUCUGGUCUGUUUCCCUCCCCCUGCUUUGGUGACAUUAAAUUCUCACGUUCACGACAACUUUAUAUCUGGCUUAAGGACUACUGCUGCAACAGGGCCAUUCCAUACGUGGACAACUUCACAUCAUUUUAUACAAGAACUGAUCUCUUUAAACAUGAUCAACUCCAUCCAAAUUACACCGGAACCUGUCUUUUAUCAUUGAACAUCGAUCUUACUCUGCGCUCCUGCAAGGCUUUUUCAGCAUGACAGUCCAAGCACAAUUCCAUGACAUGCCCCACCUACCCUAUUCCUGUCAUCAGCACAGAAAACAUUCCAGUCACUCAAAACCACCCUCAGGCAUAAAUCUGCACAAUCUCAAAUUUAUAAAUUUACAUAACCUCCCUGCUGAUCCCCCCAAACCUCCACAGAACACACUGAAAAUGGCACUUUUAAAUGUAAGAUCUCGUUUAAACAAGUCUUUUCUGAUAAACGACCUUAUUACCUCCGCCAAGGAGGUUAUGUUUUCGGUAGCGUUUGUUUGUUUGUUUGUCUGUUUGUCUGUUAGCAACUUUACAGAAAAAGUUACAGACGAAUUGACCUGAAAUUUUCACCAGAGGUGCGUCUCAGCCCCACGAGGAUCCCAUUACAUUUUGGUGGUGAUCCGGAUCGCCUUCUGGAUCCAGGAAUUUUUUUGAAGGAUUCUUUUUUUGAAGGCCAAAUUCGGGAAUUUUUGCAUUUAACUCUAUAAAAAUGGUCAGAGUCUUUAGUAAAAAAUUACACAAAAGGAUCUCAAUGAGUUUUAUGAGGUGUCAAAGGUUGAUCCUGAUCCAGACAAAAUUCCGGAUACUGUGAUCCAGAACACACAAAAAUAAGGGUGUCGUUGGAAUUUUCAAUGCUGAAAGAUAACGGCACAGUGGUGUAGAUGGGCGGCACAGUGGUGUAGUGGUUAGCACUGUCGCCUCACAGCAAGAAGGUCCUGGGUUGGAUUCUGGGUCAGGGCAUUUCUUGUUUUAGGAACAUUAUGAACAGUGAACAUUCCAGUUUAAACACAAAUAAAAGUUAAUAAAAGACACGUAACAGGAAAAGUUUUGGUGUGAAUCACAAUAUAAGGGGGGACAUGAGCUGCUUGGCGGAGGUCUGCGCUCUCCGAGUGCUUUUCUAGUUUUAGAUAAUAAAAUUGAUUUUAUGUUUUUAACUGAAACAUGGCUUAGCACCGAUGGACCUAUGACACUGAUAGAGGCCUCCCCACCAAAUUAUAAAUUUUUAUAUUCUUUAGGACAAGGUAAAAAAGGUGGGGGGCUCUCCGAGUGCUUUUCUAGUUUUAGAUAAUAAAAUUGAUUUUAUGUUUUUAACUGAAACAUGGCUUAGCACCGAUGGACCUAUGACACUGAUAGAGGCCUCCCCACCAAAUUAUAAAGUUUUAUCACUGAGUUUUCAGAGCUGUUCGCAUCUAUCCACGCAAGGUUUGAAAGAGUUAUUUUUUUAGGUGAUUUCAAUCUGCAUGUUGACAAUCAAUUGGACUCUUUUAGCACAGCAUGGUUUAAAAACAUUUUAUUUGAUGAUUUUUUAUCAUUUGAACACCACUCCUUUGUUUUUAACAGUCCCCCAAUACUUUGUUUAGCUAUAUACAGACCACCUAAGUGUUGCACAAGUUUUAUCACUGAGUUUUCAGAGCUGUUCGCAUCUAUCCACGCAAGGUUUGAAAGAGUUAUUUUUUUAGGUGAUUUCAAUCUGCAUGUUGACCAAUGAAAACCAAGAAAUUAUCAAGAAAACCAAAGCCUCCCUGGAAAAAAAAAUACAUAACCAAUCUAAAAAGAAACUGCAGAAAAGCAGAACGGAGGUGAUGAAAGGAAAAGUUGAAUGUUCAUUAUGAGAUUUUCAGAGAACAACUGCACAUCUACACUCACCGGCCACUUUAUUAGGUACACCUGUCCAACUGCUCGUUAACACUUAAUUUCUAAUCAGCCAAUCACAUGGCGGCAACUUAGUGCAUUUAGGCAUGUAGACAUGGUCAAGACAAUCUCCUGCAGUUCAAACCGAGCAUCAGUAUGGGGAAGAAAGGUGAUUUGAGUGACUUUGAACGUGGCAUGGUUGUUGGUGCCAGAAGGGCUGGUCUGAGUAUUUCAGAAACUGCUGAUCUACUGGGAUUUUCACGCACAACCAUCUCUAGGGUUUACAGAGAAUGGUCCGAAAAAGAAAAAAUAUCCAGUGAGCGGCAGUUCUGUGGGCGGAAAUGCCUUGUUGAUGCCAGAGGUCAGAGGAGAAUGGCCAGACUGGUUCGAGCUGAUAGAAAGGCAACAGUGACUCAAAUAACCACCCGUUACAACCAAGGUAGGCAGAAGAGCAUCUCUGAACGCACAGUACGUCGAACUUUGAGGCAGAUGGGCUACAGCAGCAGAAGACCACACCGGGUGCCACUCCUUUCAGCUAAGAACAGGAAACUGAGGCUACAAUUUGCACAAGCUCAUCGAAAUUGGGCAAUAGAAGAUUGGAAAAACGUUGCCUGGUCUGAUGAGUCUCGAUUUCUGCUGCGACAUUCGGAUGGUAGGGUCAGAAUUUGGCGUCAACAACAUGAAAGCAUGGAUCCAUCCUGCCUUGUAUCAACGGUUCAGGCUGGUGGUGGUGGUGUCAUGGUGUGGGGAAUAUUUUCUUGGCACUCUUUGGGCCCCUUGGUACCAAUUGAGCAUCGUUGCAACGCCACAGCCUACCUGAGUAUUGUUGCUGACCAUGUCCAUCCCUUUAUGACCACAAUGUACCCAACUUCUGAUGGCUACUUUCAGCAGGAUAAUGCGCCAUGUCAUAAAGCUGGAAUCAUCUCAGACUGGUUUCUUGAACAUGACAAUGAGUUCACUGUACUCAAAUGGCCUCCACAGUCACCAGAUCUCAAUCCAAUAGAGCAUCUUUGGGAUGUGGUGGAACGGGAGAUUCGCAUCAUGGAUGUGCAGCCGACAAAUCUGCGGCAACUGUGUGAUGCCAUCAUGUCAAUAUGGACCAAGCUCUCUGAGGAAUGCUUCCAGCACCUUGUUGAAUCUAUGCCACGAAGAAUUGAGGCAGUUCUGAAGGCAAAAGGGGGUCCAACCCGUUACUAGCAUGGUGUACCUAAUAAAGUGGCCGGUGAGUGUACAGUAAUGCAAUCGAACAGGCCAGAUGAGACCACUUUUCAAAAUUGAUAAAUGAAAUUCAAAAUAACCCACAGGAGCUUUUUUCAACUAUAGACCAUUUAAUUAACCCUGUUUUUAACCAACCUUAUAAUUCGAACCUGUCAUGUGACGACCUUGCAGUCCACUUCAGCAGUAAAAUAAGUUUUAUCAGAUCAAACCUUUUACUUUCUCAGCGUUUUAGUUUUUAUCCAUCAGAACCUUUGCUUUUAUAUAAGGAGACACUGGAGAGUUUUGUCCUGGUUGAUGCCAAGAUGCUUGAAAAAGCUUUUAAACAACUCAAAACAACUACCUGUCUUUUAGACCCUAUCCCAGCAUCCCUUUUUAAAAGCUUUUAUGACUUUUUCAAGCAUGAUUUUCUUACCAUUUUAAAUUAUUCUCUUCAGACAGGUGUAUUCCCCUCUGCUUUUAAAACUUCUACUAUUAAACCUAUUCUGAAGAGAAGCAAUUUGGAUGCAUCAGUACUUGAUAACUAUAGACCUGUAUCCAAUUGGCCAUUUUUAAGUAAAAUUUUAGAAAAGAUAGUUUUAAACCAGUUAAAUGAUUUUAUCAAUCACAUGAAUAUUUAUGAAAUUUAUCAAUCAGGUUUUAGGAAAAAUCACAGUACAGAGACUGCUCUGGUUAAAAUUGUAAAUGACCUCAGGUCCAACAUGGAUAAGAAGCUACCAUCUAUUUUAGUUUUAUUGGACCUGAGUGCAGCUUUUGAUACAGUCGACCACAAAAUUCUUUUAGAUAGACUACGUAAUUUUAUUGGCAUCUCUGGCACUGGUUUGAAUCUUAUCUUAGUGAUAGACAAUUUUACAUGAACCUUGGGGAUCGCUCAUCUAAAUGUUUUGACAUGAAGUAUGGUGUUCCCCAAGGUUCCAUUUUAGGCCCUACGCUUUUUAAUCUUUAUAUGCUACCUUUAGGGAAUGUCACCAGGAGGCACGGCAUCAAUUUCCACAGCUAUGCUGAUGACACAUAACUUUAUGUCGCCGUGUCUCCUGAUGACACAGGGCCACUCAAUGCCCUUUUUAACUGUAUUUUAGACAUUAACUCAUGGAUGGCAGAAAACUUUUUACAGCUCAACCAGGACAAAACUCAGGUUUUAGUCAUUGGGACAGGGGACAAGAGAGAGAGACUGGUCAACAAAUUUAAAGCAUUAUCGUAUAAUCCAAGUCAAUAAGCCAAAAAUUUAGGAGUUUUAUUUGAUUCAGAAUUGAGCUUUGAGCCUCACAUACGAGAUAUCACCAAGAAGGCAUUUUAUCAUUUAAAAAACAUAGCUUGAGUGUGACCAUUUCUCUCUCAAGCCAAUGCAGAGACAUUAAUUUAUGCUUUUAUUACUUGUAGAAUAGAUUAUUGUAAUGCCCUCCUUUCUGGUCUCCCCAAAAAGAACAUUUCACACCUGCAAUUAUUACAAAAUUCAGCUGCACGGAUGUUAACAAGGACCAGAAAGAGAGAUCACAUUACACCAAUUUUAAGUUCUCUGCAUUGGCUACCCGUCUCUUUUAGAAUAGAUUUUAAGGUUGCUUUAUUGGUUUUUAAAGCUCUUAAUGGCUUUGGCCCUUCUUAUCUAUCUGAUCUUCUUUUACCUUAUGAUCCAGGUCGAGCCCUCAGGUCUUCAGGAAGUUCUCUGUUAACAAUACCUAAAGUUAAAACCAAGACAUACGGUGAGGCAUCCUUUUUUCAUAACUAUGGCCCCCGUCUAUGGAACAGCUUACCUGAAGACCCGAGGACUGCACCUAAUCGUAAUGAUUUUAAAAGCAAACUGAAUACAUAACUUUUUAGUCUUGCUUUUAACUAAAUUUUAUAUAAUUAACUCUGUUUAAGUGUUUUAGCAUUUAUAUCUUUCUAGUUUUAAUCACAGGAUCGUCUUUUAUUGAGCUAUUUUGGUGCUCUUAUUUUAGUAUCUUUUACUCUUGUUUUUAUUUAUUAUUUCUUAUAUGUCAUUCUUUGUUCCUUUGUUUUUAGAUUUUAAAAUAAACCUCCAGUGUUUCCUUAUCUUGAGUUUUAAAAUGACGUUUCCUCAGAGCGCACACUCCUGUUUCCACUCCUUUUUAAGUUGAUGCAUUUUAAUACUGUUUCUGUUGCAAUCAGAUGGUGGGGUGGGAAUGAGGGGUUGGGCUGGGGUAGAUUUGGGUCUUCUUGUAAUCUUGGGUUGGGGUAGAUUUGGGUCUUCUUGUAAUCUUGGGUUGGGGUAGAUUUGGGUCUUCUUGUAAUCUUGGGUUGGGGUAGAUUUGGGUCUUCUUGUAAUCUUGGGUUGGGGUAGAUUUGGGUAUUCUUUAUUUCUUUUAUUCCUUUUUCUGUGUGAAGCACUUUGUGCUACAUGUUAUGUAUGAAAAGUGCUAUAUAAAUAAAGACUUAUUGAUUGAUUAAUUGAUUGUCCUCUUCUGACCGUCCUCUUCUGUCCUUCUUCCUUUUCUGUCCUUUUCUGCUGUCUUUGUCCCUCGCCCUCUUCUGUCCUCCUUUCUCUUCCGUCCCUCUGUCCUCCUUCCUCUUCUGACCUUCACCCUCCUCUGUCCCUUGUCCUCUUCUCUCUUGUCCUCUUCCGUCCCUUGUCCUCUUCUGCCCUCGUGGUCCCUCUUCUUUUCUGUCCUUCGUCCUCUUCUGUCCCUUGUCCUCUUCUGUCCUUCUUCCUCUUCUGUCCUUUUCUGCCCAUCAUCAUUCUGUCCCUUGUCCUCUUCUGACGUUCGUCCUCUUCUGUCCUUAUUCCUUUUCUGUCCUUUUCUGCCCUCUUUGUCCCUUGUCCUCUUCUGUCCCUCUUCCUCCUGUGUCACCUUCUGUUCCUCGUCCUCUUCUGUCCCUCGUCCUCCUCUGUCCCUCUUCCUCCUCUAUCCCUUGUCCUUUUUUGUCCCUCUUCCUCUUCUUUUUUCUUCCGUCUUCUUCCAUCCCUUGUCCUCUAUUGUCCCUUGUCCUCUUCUGUCCCUUGUCUUCUUCUGUCCUUCUUUCUCCACCAUCCCUUUGUCCCUUUUCCUUCUUGACCUUCACCCCCCUCUGUUCCUUGUCCCCUUCUGUCCCUUGUCCUCUUCUCUCUUGUCCUCAUCUGUCCUAUUUUGUCCCUUGUCUUCAGUUCCUCGUCCUCUUUUGUCCCUUGUCCUCCUAUCUAUCUUGUCUUUUUUCGUCCCCCUCCCUGUUCUGUCUUCUUCUGUCCCUUCUUCGGUCAGGCUCAUCCACCAUCACACAGUCAUUAUCUUGGAUUUCUAACUUGCAUCUCUGUCCCUUGUCCUCUCUUGUCCUCUUCCGUCCCUCGAUCUCUUCUGUCCUGUGGUCGGGCUUGUCCCUCAUCAUUCAGUCAUUAUCUUGCAUUUCUAACCUGCGUCUCUGUCCUCUUCUAUCCCUCAUCCUCUUCUGUCCCUCGUCCCCUUCUGUCCCUUAGUCAGGCUCGUCCAUCAUCAUUUCAUCAUUAUCCAGGAUUUCUAACCUGUCUCUCUGUCCCUGGUCCUCUUCUGUGUGGUCUCUCAGUGGACGUACCAGGCAAUGGUCCACGAGCUUCUCGGUCUGAACAACAACCGGAUCGACUUGUCCCGAGUCCCGGGGAUCAGCAAAGACCUGAAGGAGGUGGUCCUGUCCGCAGAGAACGACGAGUUCUACGCCAACGUGAGUGUGACCCUGAAGACAGGAAGCAGAGAGACGCUUUGGACCGAGUCCUGAACCCGUUUGAUUUAAAUUCCAGAACCUGUACCUGAACUUCGGAGAGAUCGGGACCAACAUUAAAAACCUGAUGGAGGAUUUCCAGAAGAAGAGACCUAAAGGACAGCAGAAGCUGGAGUCCAUCGGGGACAUGAAGGUGAGUCGUCGUCCCCCCCGUCCUGUGUCUCACCUGUCUGUCCACCUGUCUCUAACGCCGUCUCCACCUGCAGGCGUUUGUGGAGAACUACCCUCAGUUUAAGAAGAUGUCGGGGACAGUGUCCAAACACGUGACGGUGGUCGGCGAGCUGUCCCGUCUGGUGUCGGAGCGCAAUCUGAUGGAGGUGUCUGAGGUGGAGCAAGAGCUAGCCUGCCAGAACGACCACUCCAACGCCCAGCAGGUAAACCCCCUGACACAGCACGCCACCCCCUGCAGGCGCUUCAGAGUAUCACGAAUCGCAGCACAGGUUUCAGCUUCAAAAACUCGCCAACAAACCUGUUUGAUGAUGUCAUCAGCUGAGUCUUUGAUGCAUUUCCUGUUCCAGAGCGUGCGGCAGCUCCUGCAGAACCCUCGUGUGUCGGAGCUGGACGCCGUCCGUCUGGUCAUGCUGUACGCUCUGCGAUACGAACGCCACAGCAGCAGCAUCCUCCCGUCUCUGAUGGACGAGCUGAGCAGGAGGGGCGUGUCUGAACGCCACCGCAGGGUAUGAUGUUAUCACACGCUCUGUAUGCUCCUGGUUUCAGAUCUUAAAAUCAAGAAACUUUAGAAAGUUUUUAAAAUCAUUUCAAACCAAAAAAGAGAGAAGAGAGAGUUUCUGCAGUGGCAGCGGUCCGCCAUUAGGUGGAGCUGCUUCACCUGUAAGAGACUGUUCACAGUUAAAGUCUGUAACGUGUGUGCGUGUGUGUGUGUGCGUGUGUGUGUGUCAGAUGGUGAAGGCAAUGGUGGAGUACGGAGGAAAGAGAGUCAGAGGAAGUGACCUCAUCACACCGACAGACGCCGUGGCCAUCACCAAACAGUUCUUCAAAGGCCUCUCUGUACGUCAAAACUUUAUCGCCGACAUACGGAAAUACAAACAUUAACCUGCUGCUGAUCAUGUGACCUCUGAGUGUGUGUGUGUGUGUGCAGGGCGUGGAGAACGUGUACACGCAGCAUCAGCCUCUCCUCCAUGACACUCUGGAUCAGCUGAUCAAAGGUCGUCUGAAGGACAGUCAGUUCCCGUACCUGGGCGCCAGCAGUCUGAGAGACAGGUAACACACACACACCUCUACACACACUAAAUACACACCUAUACACAGAAUAACAAGCUGUGUAUGUGUGUGUGUGUGUGUGUGUGUGUGUGUGUGUGUGUGUGUGUGUGUCAGGCCUCAGGACAUCGUCGUGUUUGUGAUUGGUGGAGCCACUUACGAAGAAGCUCUGACUGUUUACAACCUGAACCGCAGCACACCUGGAGUACGCAUUGUUCUGGGCGGGAGCAGCGUCCACAACACCAAGAGGUACAACACGAACACACACACACUAGUACAAACACAAAUACACACUACAAUACACGCUACAAUACACACUGUAAUAAGCACCAAUGCUGUGUUCGAGUUACCUCGGAAGUCGGAACUGAAAGUGACAUCACACCCGAGUUACCAGCAAUUAAGUUACGAAGUCGGAAAAAAGCAAAAUCGGAGGCAGAAAUAAGAUGGCUACAUCUACGAAAGUUAUUUUGGUGCUUGCCUUAUAUUCGGACAAGGCCUCCGAUUUUGUUUUUUUCCGACUUGGUAACUGAAAUGCUGAGAACUGGGGUGUGACGUCAUUUUCAGCUCCCAGAUCUGACCUCGGAGGUAACUCGAACGCAGCAUAAUACACACUAUAAUGAACACACAUUCACAGCCUUUAGCUGUGUUUUAUUUUGAAAUUUUCUGUGUCUCUCUCAGUUUUCUGGAGGAAGUGAUGUCAGCGACAGGUCACAGCAGUGACAGAGUGACAGGAAGUGGUCAUCAGGGAAACAGGCGCUGA